AGGGUUCUAGAACUCCGGGCUGGGUGGCGGGAGUCAGAGUUCAGCACGCGCCUCCUGCCGACCAAUCGAUGUUGUGUGGGAACUUGUAGGAGUGUCAGUUCAGUUCAGCGCAGCAGCGGCAGGAGGACUCGGUUACAGACCCGGAGUUCAGCUUGUCUUUCUCUCUCUCAGAGACACAGCCUGCUGCUGACCUGCCGCUGCGCGGGGAGCGGGGGAACUCCUGCAGGAGAUAAGCUGGGUUUAAACUCGCUGUGAGCGGGAUGCAGUCUCCACUUUAAGCUGAAGUGAACGCUGACAAAUCCAAUCCAGUCCUGAUGAGAACUCGUCAGGGUCGUCAUGUAGGAGGUUGAUACAAUAGGACACUGUUAAUGGACAAGAGCAACUGUUGUCACAGUAGACCCCAGAGUUGAAGCACUGCUUGAUUUCUUCUCCUCUCAUUUUGUGUGCACACAAACUCAUAAUGGCAUUGCAUGAAAACAGUGGGCUAGAGGAAGACCACAUGCAUCUGGAUGAUAAUCCAUAUGACCAAGUGCAAGAGUCGCACACUGAGGGACCACCAGGAUCCUUUGGGUUGAGGGUGCAGGUUCAAGAUAUACAGGGCCGUCCGUACGUGAUUCUAAACGGUCAGGGUGCUCACAAGUCCCCGCAGCCUCCUGCCUACCCUGAUGUCUUCUACCUGGAUCAGCCAUACCAAGAGUAUGUUUCAACCCUGAAUGGUCGAGGCACCAGCAUCUCUGGACCACUAAUGGAUAGUAGAUCAGUGAGGCAUCAUCAUGGCGCAUCUUCAGUUCCUGUGUCCAACCCUGGAUCUCCCUUGCUGAACUACCAGAGACACCCUGAGCUCCUCAAACCUUAUGACCCAAUGUCCAACAGUCUGGACCUACAAAGACCUACAAAUCACCACCAUUCUGAUAAUAUGUCUGACCCUGACUUAAACCGGUCUAGCUCAAACUCUUCACCUGUUUAUGCAUCUCAUGUCAUGGUAAAGAGAGCCAAGAUUCCUGUGCCUGGGACUGGGAGAGAAAGAGGCCAUGACCAGCUGGACUCUGAAGUACCAACAGCAGAAAGCGUACCCUACCGCCACUCGCACAUCAUUUGUAGACUCUCUGUACCUGACGGUGGCAGUGAGCCGCAGCGAUCCUCACAAAAAUCUAGUAGAGCUAGACACCGGAAUCAAAUGGGUCCGGAGGGGAGGAGACAAUCACACAGUAUCGGAGCGUCCAGCUCUGGUGAUUCCUCCAGGUCAAGCCCAGUGCAUGCAGGAUUACGAGGAAUGGGACAAGGAGCAGACGCUAUGCCAGCCUCCUCUUGGAAUGACCCCCUGCUGAGGACGAAGACAGGAAGGAGCAUUUAUGAGGCUGAUAUACGAUCUCUGACUGCGGCCCAGUUUGAAGAACAGCAAAGGGAAGUGGUGAAGCCACCAAGGUCAGGAAGGGCCAGCUGCAGAAUGGAGAGGGCAAAACACAAUGGUGACUAUGCCAGCCCAGAGAGAGAGGCACAGGCUACCCCUGAUAUUUUGAAAGGACAGCGAGAGCUUCUCGACCAGCCAGACGAAGAUGCAACUAAACUAAUGCUGUUCAACUACCUCAAAGAAGGGAGUGGUGAGAGUGAUGAGAUCAUCAGGCAGAAGGUGAAUCUGCUGUUUGAAAAGAUCCAGAUGUUGAGGUCAAGUGCUGUCCAGAAUGUGGAGGAGCUUUCUGACUCAGUGGCUGAAGUAAAAGAGCUCCAGGACAAAAAGGCAGCACUGGAGAGUGAGGUAACUCAGCUCAAACAACAACUGGAAGAAGAAAUUAAGAACAGAGAGAGUCUGUCAGAUGCAAGUGGGAAGAGUACAGAGGAACUGAAGAAGCUGCAGGACAAGUUAAGUAGGAGUGAGCAGGAGCAAGUGUCUCUCCGUCAGCGACUCACUGACAUGGAGAAAGAGCUGCAAGACUCACUUGAAAAACUCUUGCAGAUAAAGAGGGAGCGAGAGCAGAGCCGGGCAGAAACUAAAGGUUUGCAGCAGCAGCUUUCAGACAUGCAUGAUGAGCUGGACAACACUAAAAGCUCAGAGCAAGGGGAGAGAGAGAUCAUUCUACAGGAUCUUGUUAAUUUGCGCAUGGAGUUCCAGGAGUUGCAGCAGGUGCAGGAGGAGCAGGAGGAACUGCUGCGCUGGAAAGAGAGGGAGCUCACAGCCUUAAAGGGGGCUCUAGAAGAAGAAAUCUCAGCCCAUGCUAAAGAAGUGGAAAUGAUGAAAGAUCAACACAAGGAUGAGGUGCAGAAGCUACUCAAGGCCAUUGAAGAGGCUAAAGAGGGCAUGGCAGCUUUGGGUCUACAAAAAUCAGAGGUGGAGGCUGAACGAGGAGCAAGUAGGGCCCAUGUGCAGGAGCUAACCUUGGCUAAAGAGCUGUUACUCAGCCAAGUCCAAAGCCUGGAGACUCAAAUCACCACCCUCAGCAACAUCAUACAGCAGGCCAAGAACCAGGAGAGCCAGCUCAGACAACGUCUGGACAGGAUGAUGGAGGAGAAGCAGAUCCUUGAGGAGGAGUUUUCAGAGGUGAGACAGCAAGAAGAAGACAUGUGUGGCGCAAACAGAUCUCUGACCAGACACCUGGAGGACACACAGAGUGAGCUAACCAAGCUCAACAGUGAGCACCGACAUCUGAAGGAGAAACUGAAGGAAGAGGAGAGACAGGUGGAGGAGCUGAGACACAUCAAAAAGGAGCUGGAAGAGAAGCGGAAGAAUCAAGAUAGAGCUUUUGAAAAAAUACAGGAAGAGAUGAAUGCAGUUCUAAUGGCUUCAGAGAGGGAGACUCAGAGAUUGCAGGAUCAAGUGGAUGAAGCCAGAGAGCACAGCCUGAAGGAGCUCAGUGUGCUGCGCACACAGCUACACAACACACAAGCUGAGCUGGAGAAACACACACACGCUGCAGAAGAGUGCCAGAAAGAGCUUUGUGCACUAGAGGCUGAGUUGGCUCAGCGAGAGGGGGAGUUGGAACAGGCAGAGCUAAAGUGUAAGCAGCUGGAGAAGAAAGUAGAGGAGCUGGAAGAGAGCAGCAAAAUGACACAUGAUGACCAAGACAGACAUUUCAAACUAAUGGAGGCACGAGUGACUCAGCUCCAGGAGGCUCUGGCAGAGGAACGUAGCGGCAGCGACUCAUUGAUGCAGAGAAUGGAGAGAGUUGGAGAGCAGGUAGAGCAGGCAAGAGCAGAGUUGCUGCAGGAGCGAGCUGUUAGGCAGGAUCUGGAGUGUGACAAGAUCAAUUUGGAGAGACAGAAUAAGGACUUGAAAGGUCGCAUAUCCCACCUAGAAGGCUCACAAAGAUCAGGCCAAGAGGGUCUUGUGUCCAAACUGGAGUGUCGUAUUCAGGAGCUGGAGGAGAGACUGCUGGAAGAGGAGAGAGACAGUAACACCUUGCAGCAGGCGAACCGUAAACUGGGGAGAAAGCUCAAGGAGAUGAGCAUGCAGGUGAAUGAAGAGCAGCUCUCUCUGCAGAACCAGAGGGACCAGUUGACUCUGCGACUGAAGACACUGAAGAGGCAGCUGGAUGAGGCAGAGGAGGAGAUAGAGAGACUCGAGCACAGCAAAAAGAAACUUCAGAGAGAACUGGACGAUCAGCAGGAGACCAAUGAGCAACUCCAGAGCCAACUCACAGCCCUGCAAACUGAGCUCAGGCGUAAGAAGAAACCAGUUCUGAAGAAUAUGGAUGAAGAUGACGAUGAGGAUGAAGAUGGGAACGUGAGCUCAGCAUGAGUCUUAAAAAAACACAAAGCAACUGACUGUUACUGCAUAUUAUAAUAAUAAUAUAAAUUAUUGUCCUGUUUUAUUUUCCUUUUACUGGACUGUGUAUCAUUAAAUGUGAACCUGCCUUUGACUAACCAGCAAGUUAUAAUAGUGUGAUCUUCUGCCCCCCUCUGGCAAUACAAGGGAAGAGCAUUGCUUCAGGCAUGUUGCUCUUUUUUGUUUUGUUUUGUUUUUGAUACUGCCUAAAACUAUUAACCAAACUCAGGGAAGAAUUUCAUUACACGUCAUUAACUUGCUCAACACGUCAUAACUGCUCAAGUGCCUUAUACAAUGCUUUUAUCAGACUAUCCAGGUCUGUUAUAGUUAAUUUAAAUAAAGGACAUAUAAAAGAAA